AUGAGUCAUGCAGAUUUAGUUUUGGAUCUUCUUAUAUCUGAGUAUGCAGGAAAAGUAUUAUUAGGGGAGCGGUUCAAGAAUCCAGCGAAUCAGGCUCUAGCUCUCACGAGAAAUUGCAAAUCUCCUCCCCCAACACCUACUACUGGUGCUAUCACAGAAAGAGCUAGUCUAGAAUCUGCAGAAAGGGCACCGACUCCACCACUAGCAAGAUCUUCCACCCCGUUAGAGAAUACCAUUUCACCCCAAUCGAUCAAAGAGGAGUUCGACCCUUCGAAAAAUAUAUCUUCUGGUGAGUUCUUACAAAAUGAUACGAGAUUUAGAAAAAAAUACGGUAGCGAUUAUACAGGGUGCUUUCGAAUGUGUGACUAUUUAAAAAUUGCAAAUUAA